AAGACUAGUGAUGUUGAGUAUGAGCUGGAGUGGUUCGGUUCGGUGGUCGGAAGGUUCGUUUCAACAUGGCGGAGUAUCUCGCAUCAAUUUUCGGCACAGAAAAAGACAAGGUCAACUGUUCCUUUUACUUCAAGAUUGGUGCUUGCAGACAUGGUGAUCGGUGUUCGCGGAUUCAUAACAAACCUACUUUUAGCCAGACAGUUUUGCUGCAGAACUUGUAUCACAACCCCCAAAACUCUGCACAGACAGCCGAUGGCUCACAUCUGGCAAACAUGACAGAAGAGGAAAUGCAAGAACAUUUUGAUAACUUCUUUGAAGAUGUCUUCGUUGAGCUUGAAGACAAGUAUGGGGAAAUUGAAGAGAUGAAUGUGUGUGACAACUUGGGCGACCACCUGGUUGGCAAUGUGUAUGUCAAGUUCCGCAGAGAAGAAGAUGCAGAAAAGGCUGUUGCAGACUUGAACAACCGUUGGUUUGCUGGGCACCCCAUCUAUUCCGAGCUAUCCCCCGUAACGGAUUUCCGUGAGGCCUGUUGUCGCCAGUAUGAAAUGGGCUUGAAAGCAAAGACAUGGCGUGGCAAGACAGCCUCUGAGGAGUGCACUCGCAGCGGAUUCUGCAACUUCAUGCACCUGAAGCCCAUUUCCAGGGAGCUGAGACGUGAACUGUACGGGCGAAAGCGCCGAAAGAGAUCCUCCUCACGAUCCCGCAGUCCCCCAGGAGGUGCAGCUGCAGGAGGAGGAGGAGGUGGAGGAGGAGCACCAGGUGGUCGGCGCCGUUCCCGCAGCCGUGACCGCAGACCCCGCAGGUCCCGCAGUCGAGAGCGCAGGUCCAGGUCCCGGGAACGCAGUCCUCGCUCUCGAGAGCGCAAGGAUCCUCGGGAAGACAGAGCAGGACGCUUCUGAACAUGGAUCAGGAUGGAUCAUGGAUCACUGUCAGACCCCACACUGUAGAUUGACGGGUGGAUGACCUGCUAUCGAUAACUUUUAUUUCCUUGUUUUGUCCCAUGUUUCUGUGCUGUUUCACCUGCCCCUGUAUAUGUUCUGCUCUGUAGAAAAUUAAACGAAUCUAAAGUAA